AUGGACAAGGAGAUAGACCAGAUUUCUGCCGAGAAGAAUCUGUCCACUGAAACCCGAGAGAGUUUCAAGCUUCGAUUUACUGAAAUUCCCAAUCGGACAUACCUUUGGUUGUAUUUGAUGCUGGAGGAAUUGCGGACUUGCCUUGGCAGCUCAGAGAAGAAGCUACUACGGGUGAUUGAUCGAUUGCCCAUAAGCGUUGAGCAGUCUUAUGAGCAAAUACUACAACGGUGCAACGAGAAGAAUGAGCGACACGCAAAGGAUCUUCUGGAGAUUAUCGUUGCCGCACGUCGACCUUUAACACUGGGGAAAUUGAUAUCGUUCUGGAGCUUCAUCCGAGUGUGA